CGGAACUCGAGUCGGGUGACGGGUCCGAGAGGUGGACGGAGUUUCGGACUUGGAGGUGAUCUGACCUGUGAAGGGCUGAGGGCGGAGGAUGGUGGGGGAACGAGGAGGGAUGGGUCGGCGGCAGGAGCGGCAGGCCAUGAUGGUGACGUUCGCGUUGGCGCUGCUCAUGGGCAUCGCCGUCUACUUCCGCAUCUGGGCCCGCCAGUCCAGCGACCCCUCCUUCACCGCCGACGACCGCGAGGAGCUCCGGAGGCAAUUUGAACAAGCAAACCUAGAAGCGAUGGAUGAAUCUGCCGAAUGGAGGAUGAAAUAUGAUAAAGAAAUAGAGAAAAACAGGCAGUUGCAUGAUGAACUUUCAAAGGUUAAGGCCUCAUUAGCUGGUGCAGCCAGGCAUCUUGAGUUGUUGCAGAAGGAUAACGAGUUGCAGAAGCGGCAGACCGAAUCACUGAGGCAGCAAUGCAAUUGCACUCUCCAUUGAAAACUAGGCAAGGUUAAGGGCAAGGAAGGAAUGCCUUUUGUUUGUCCAGCAGCACCAGAGGGAGGAAAACUAGAUUGAGGUCUAGGAAUUAGGACGUACGAAAAGGAUUGAGAACAUAGCUCUGGUAGACCAAGACCAUAGUGACCGUCUGUUAUACCAAUGGCGAGCUGCAUAUUUCCGUCCCAAGUGAUCAGUUGCAGUUUCAUGAGUGCCAAUGCAAAUCGCCCAAGUCAAAACGCAAAAGAUGGCACCAUGGCAGAUAUAUAGUUCCUGUUUCAGAGCAAGGAUUCAGUUUGUGGGU